GAAUCCUCCUCUCCUCUCCUCUCCUCUCCAUUGUGCAGUCUCCAGAUGCUUGGGGGCUUCUCCGUGCUGCGCUCGCGUGCCUUCCUCCUCCUCCCACUCACUCCGCCUCCUCGCUUCCUUCGCCGCCUGCCGCAGCCGCGCGCCGUCUCGUCCUUUUCCGCAUCCCCGCUUCCGCCGCCGCCGCUGGGGAUGGAGGCGUCCUACAAGUUCGGGCCCUACAAGAUCGACGCCAGGGAGGUCUUCCACGCCACGCCCCUCUCCUACGCCAUGGUCAACCUCCGCCCUCUCCUCCCGGGAAAUGUUCUUGUGUGCCCCAAGCGUGAAGUGAAACGAUUUGCUGACCUAAGUUCUGAUGAGACUAGUGACUUAUGGGCUACUGCAAAGGAAGUUGGUGCACGGCUUGAGCAGUAUCAUAAAGCAUCUUCACUUACAUUUGCUAUUCAGGAUGGUCCUCAAGCUGGCCAAACAGUUCCACAUGUCCACAUUCAUGUCAUCCCAAGGAAGACAGGGGAUUUUGAGAAAAAUGAUGAAAUAUAUGAUGCGAUUGAUGUGAAAGAGAAAGAACUGAAGGAGAAGCUCGAUCUGGACAUUGAGAGGAAAGAUAGAACCAUGGAAGAAAUGACUCAUGAGGCCAAGGAGUACCGUGCUCUUUUCUCCUAGAAGUACAUCUAGUAUUGCAGUAUAGUUUCUAAAUUGAGCUGACUUUUCCAGAAAUAAGCCUCGUUACUUCUUGUUCUCCAUUGUGGCAAUUCUGAUGCCAUUGCACUAAUACUGUGGUGUCCAGUGAUCUAUAUGGUUGUCUGUUAUGUACUAUGGAGAAAUAUUUAUUUGUUGGAAGGAACACAUUCUUAAUCCUUA